UCAGAAAAGUGUCCACCUCUAAACCUCACAAAUAUUGUCCUCACAUGUUUUCCAUAACUUAUCUGAAGUCAAAAAAGGAGGUUCACAACACAUCCUGCAACAACUCACAAGACCGAUGAGCAAAACUAAUUAUAGAAAAUAAACCAACACUAAUAAGGGGUCCCUUGCACCAGCUCUCAGCACCAAGCAGGAAGGGAGGGCCUCCCUCAGCCUGCUGCUGGGGCAACACAAACACUGAGGAAGGGUAUAAAAGCUGCAACCCUGAGCACCUCACUCACACUCACACACACACACACACACACACCCUCCUCCAGCCCACCACCCACCAUGGCCACCUCCACCCUGUCCAUCUGCUCCAGCGACCUGAGCUACGGCCGCCGGGUCUGCCUGCCCAGGUCCUGGGGCUCCUGCACUGGCCCCUCCUGGCAGGGGGACGACUGCCCCGAGAGCUGCUGCAAGCCCCCCUGCUGCUCCCUCAGCUGCCACCAGUCCAGCUGCUGUGCCCCGGCCCCCUGCCUGACCCUCGUCUGCACCCCCGUGAGCUGCGGGUGCAGCCCCUGCCAGUCAGCCUCCACCAGCUCAUGCACACCCUCCUGCUGCCAGCUGUCUAGCUGCCAGCCCUCCUGCUGCACCUCUUCCCCGUGCCAGCAGGCCUGCUGCGUGCCCGUCUGCUGUAAGCCCGUCUGCUGCAAGCCCAUGUGCUGUGUGCCCGUCUGCUCUGGGGCUGCCCCCUGCCCAGCACCCCCGUGCUGCCAGCCCACCCCCUGCCCCCCGUCCUGCUGCAGACCCUCCUCCUAUGUGUCCCUCAUCUGCCGCCCCGUGUGCAGGCCUGCCUGCUGCGUGCCCGCCUCCCCCUGCUGUGCCCCCGCCUCCCCCUGCCAGCCCAGCUGCUCCCGCCCGGCCUCCUGCGUGUCCCUGCUCUGCCGCCCCGCGUGCGCCCGCCCUGCCUGCUGCUGACCCACUCAAUCCCCAGGCCAGAAGGGCUCAGGCCCUCAGCAGGAGGGGUGAGCGCAGAGACACUGGCACUUAGCCUCCCCUAGGAGUUUAAACCCACAGAAAGAACACCUGUGGGGUGUCUUCUCUGUGUCCCAGGAAGCUGACAGCUACUUCCACGGCCAUCCCAGAACCCAAGCACAGGCCACCAUCCUCACGGGCAACCCGAUCCCCCCACCCCCAUCCCUCCUGCUGUCCCACCCCUCGUCUGUCCCGAGGGAGCACCUGGCUGCCUGCCUGAUAAGCUGGCUCUCUGCACCCUACAUGCUGCUCUAUGUCUUCUCCCCAGCUCCAAGUGGGGUGCGGCAGGGGCUGGGGGGAGGGUGCACCCCCAGGAUGCCAGGGCUCUGGAAGGUGACAUCCCAUGACUUUUCAUGGGGAGAGAGAAGCAGGAAGAUCCUGGAGUCCAGGGCCUGACAGGACACUGAGCGGCCACCUGUGCUGCUGGCUGAGGUCCCCAGCCAAGGCCCUGUGCUCUCCUGCCAAUGUCCUCAACUGAGCUGGGAGGUGGCACUGCAGCCACAGUCAAUCACGAAGACCUCGGGAGGCCUGGCACUGUGGGAGCCCAUCCUCACAUCCUGCCUUCUCCUCCUGGCCCCCGUGGCCCUCCUUGCCAGUGUGGGGGUCCUGCAUCCUCACCGGGUCCUUGCCACAUCACAGGCCCCCUGUCCUGGAGGACACCCCUCUGCUCUCCUGCAGGCUCCUCUGCUCUGGCCCCGCACACAGCCCCUGUCUAGCCUGGCUCAGGGCUGGGCAGUGGCCUGAGGUGCUGCCCGCCCAACCUGCUCCCUUCCCACUCUGUAAUCAGAGGGUCGGGUCAGCCUUCAAUGCCCUAAGUUUCUCCCUCCUGCCCCUGGGCUCCUCUUUACCUGCCUCAGGCAUUUCCACAAUAAACUCCUUGCAACCCACCCUGACUUGGCAUUUACUUCUUAGGGGACCCAGUCUGACAAAUGCACCAUUACUUUUGUAUAUACAAAGAUAAAAGGCACCUAACGGAGACCCAGUACUCUAUCAGUGUUCUUACAUGAACCCAAAUAAUUCACACCAGCCCCUUGUUGCCUUUCAAGUACUCCAGUCCAUUCCGGGGGAUUGGGCAAUAUCUUCACUUCAUCUCUAUGCAUCUCAAUUCCAAACUUGACGGCUUCAUCUGCUUGUUACUGGGGGGUAUCACCUUUUCUUGGUUUCUGUAAAGAACUUGCUUGUUUAAAUAUAUAGAUUUGCGGUGAUCCCUCCAGCAGUGAGGAUGUGCUUUGUUGAGGGAGAAGUGGAAUAUACCUUCGUGAGCUCUCACACCACACAUACAGUGGCUGCUAUCAUUUCAAGAUGGUCGGUAUUAAGUUAAAGAUACAUACUAGAAACCCUAUAAUGCAAAGAAAAUGUGAUAGAAUGCAAAACAAAGAUCUUGGCUAGGAAGCAACAAAGGAAAUCGCAUCAAUUACAAACAAAAUCAAGUCAUCCAACAGAAGGCAGAAAAUAGGGAAAGGGGAAGGAAGAGCACAUGGGACAAACAGAAACAAUAGGAAGACAACACACUAAGCCUCACUGUGUCAACAAUCACAGUAAAUGUAAAUGGUCUAAAUUCUGCAGUUAAGAGACAGAGACUGGUGGAUCAGUUAAAACAAAAAAAAGGCCUAAAUUUAUGCUGCUUAUAGGAAACGCCAUUUAAAUAGAAGAUGAAAACGGGUUAAAAGUGAAAGAUGGAAAAGGAUAUAUCAUGCCAACAUUAAUCAUCGAAAGCUGCAGCAGUUACACUAAUAUCAUAGGUAUACAUCCCACAUCAAAGAAUAUUGCCAGGGACCAAGAGGGUCAUCUCAUAAUGACAAAGGAGUCAAUUAAUUCCAAAUGUUAUGCACCUAUUACUAGGAC